CACCUUUCCACCCUAUAACCGUCACACUACCUUGUAGGCCGUAUCUUUCUGCUCUGGUAAGCACUUCUCAUAGAACUCUCCUCUCCAAACAUCCCAACGCGGCCUGCACCUCGGCAUCCUUAUCAAGCUUUCCUUAGUUGAUCUUAGUCAUUCUCCCUUUCCAAACCUGACUGCUUAAACAUGUCACCAAUAUCGCUUCAACAUUCACACUACUUACUCUAACACACAGUAUACCCCUUCAUUCCCUCGUAUAUCUCGAAACCGGUCCUAUUCAACAUGGGCCGCUUGGAAGGGAAGAACUGCAUUGUUACCGGAGGCGCUGGCGGAAUCGGUCUCGAAACCGCCAUCCUCUUCGCCCGCGAAGGCGCCAACGUCCUCCUCUCCGACAUCUCCGGCCCGGCUCUGGACCGCGCCGUCGCCAAAGUCAAAGAGCUCGUGCCCGACGCCAAGAAGAUCGAAGGCAAAAUCACCGACGUCUCCAAAGAAGCCGAUGUCGAGGCCAUGGUCGCCCAUCUGGACCCCUGGGGCGGCGUCGAUGUCAUGUUCAACAACGCAGGCAUCAUGCACGCCGACGACGCCGACGCCAUCGACACCCCCGAGAAGAUCUGGGACCUGACGCAGGCCAUCAACGUCAAGGGCGUGUGGUUCGGGUGUAAGCAUGCGGUGCUGAGUUUCCGCAAGCACGGCAAGAAGAGGGCCAGCGUGAUCAAUACGGCGAGCGUGGUGGCGCUCGUGGGAGCCGCGACGCCGCAGCUCGCGUACACGGCGAGCAAGGGCGCGGUGCUGGCCAUGACGAGGGAGUUGGCCAUGGUGCAUGCGAGGGAGGGGUUCCGGUUCAAUGCGCUGUGUCCGGCGCCUUUGAACACUCCCCUUCUCCAGGACUGGCUCGGCGACGAUCAAGCCAAGCGCCACCGCCGCGAGAUUCACUUCCCGACCGGCCGGUUCGGCGAGGCGAUUGAGCAGGCCCACGCCGUGGUUUUCCUGGCCAGCGACGAGAGCAGCUUCGUCAACGGUACCGACUUUGUCGUCGAUGGUGGAAUGACAAAGUGCUAUGUUACCCCUGAAGGGCCGCCUACCGAGGCUCCGAAGAACUUGGCCAGGUAGAGUCUUAGUAUGGAACGGUAUGUGACAGAUUUCCAAGGGAAUGCAUAUGGUUACCGGAGCAGGUGGUAAUUAUAGAUCGAUGCUUGACAGUGGUAUGAUGUUUCCACCUACUGAUUACUAGACACAGAGGUUAGAUAGAGUGGGAAAUGCAUCCAAGACAAAUCCUAACCGAUCCCUCUCUUGGACAGCUUUGUGCCAGCUUCUUAUCGUUCCCGGCAUAGCUUCGAACCAUCAAAUGGAAACGAU